AUGGAUUGGAAUCAAUCCCUAAUCAAACCGGGUCAAUUUGGCUUAGUCAAGAAACGUCCCUCUUAUGUAACAGCUGUUCCAGAACGGCAGAACAUUCACGAACAUAUAAAUGGAGAACAACAAAGAAAGAAACCAAAUAAGAAGAAAAAGGAGAAGAACAUUCAAAUGGCACCAAGAAGUUCUUUGAUCCGCUUCGCCUUCAUCUGCAUUGUCUUGGCCGUGAUGGUCAUGACUGCUGAGUCGCACAACGGAACCCACCACCAUGGUCCGGCUAUGGCUCCAAUGCCACCCAUGGCUAAGGCUCCGUCUCCAAGUGCCGCCACUUUCUCCGCCUACCCUCAGCUCAUCGCCACCGCAUUGGUCGCUGCUAUGUCUUUCGUCUUCUGAUGAGAUGUGUUGCCAUUCAUCUUCAGAAUAUGUUUUACUCUCUAUGAGAUUUUAUUUUAAUUUUCACAUGUAUUCCUUCUUUUUUUGUUAAUUCUUCAAAGAUUGUGAUGUUGUGUUCCUAUCAUAAUAAAACAUUUAUCUCUUGAUGUUUUUUUUAUUAUCUUAAUCAUAUUUUCCUCUUUUUCGAACCAAAUCUUCUAAUCAAGGCAUUAUAAUGGCC